UCUUGCAGGUAUCACACAGCCGCAUACCGCGUCUUCACUUGCACAAGGAGCAGAAGAUGGAUAACAAACUAAUACGCGGAGAUUCAGAUUCAGAGUGAAAGACAACAAUCUGUGCCACUAACAUUGGAUAAGUAGGGCACUAAGAUGCCCAAAAGUGAUACCUGGCCAGGUGGCAUUGGAAUGGAGACGAUGACUGGCAUAGACAGUGCUGGCAGCUGUGACAGUGUUGUCAGUACCAACUCUGGCUUUAGUGAUGAUAGUCUGGAGUACCUGUCUGCUGAAGAGAAGGCCUGUCUCAUGUUUUUGGAGGAGACUAUUGAGUCGUUGGAUACUGAGGAGGAUAGUGGACUGUCCAAUGAUGAAUCUGACCAACUGCCUAGCACUGGCAACCUUGCUACCAAACUGGCUGACCUUUCAGCCUCCAUGAGCAAAAGCAUACUCGACAGCUCACAGAAACAUGACUCUGAGCAACCCAUGAAGGAAAAUGUUGACACCAAACCCAUGCAGAGCUUCCUGGUUCCUACACCUCUUGUUGUGGCAAGCAGCUCUCCAUGUUCUGUACCCAGUGCUAAGACAGGCAUCCCUCCAGACAAAACCCUCAGCUCCAACCUCAGUCCUUCAAGCAAAGAGCCUGGUCACAAACACAACCAGAAACCUGUUGCUCCCCAAGUACCUUUAGAGGUAAAGGUUGUGAUACCUCCUCCAACCAAACCCAGGGACUACUCAGUUAGGAUAGCUGAAAGUCCUUUACCUAGAGGUCCUCUGUCCUAUGAGGCACUUGUUCACCUGCGGAGGAGUGCCUCCACAAAGAAGACGCCUUUAUGUCCCACAGUUGAUCAUACUAUAGACUUUGACAAGCAUCUUCCUGUCACAAUACCCCCAAACCUCGGAAAUCUGCCCAGAUCUGACCGAUCCAACUCAGAGCCUUCAAAGUUUAGGACAGGUCCUCCGGUUGUGGCCCCCAAACCCAAAAAGAUUCCUUCCAACAUAUCUGUGAAAACACAAAAUGAAGCAUCCAUAACCUCAGAUUCUUCAUACAGUGUCAAUCAUGCAACAGAUCCCCAGGUCGUGAGACUGGAAGCUUUGCAGAAGCUGGGCCUCCUGAAAGACGAACAGCCAGAAAAUGAGACAGUGGUCCCAAAGUCUCCGCCUAAAUCUCACUCCUCUUUGGACCCAACACCUAACAGAUUUACAAUAAGUCCAUCUAAUGUUAAUCCAUCAAGAAGCCCAUCGUUUUCUUAUUCUCAAGUGCCCACAGAGCCCAAGAACAAACCUCUGCAGAGCAGUGCCAGUUUCCAUCACUACUCCAGACAUGACCAACAGCCUGCGUCUGUAUCACAUCCUGCUGAAUCCAAUAGAUCUAAGACAGCCAGUCUGGAGCGCUCCGCCACCCUGGACAACCACAGAAAUGGUGGAAACUGUCCCGAAGCGCAGCACAUCACAGCAGCCAGGCCAGUGAAAACCACCACUGCAGCUCAGCCUGUACCCCACAAACCUUCAAACUCAGUUGCAUAUACUGUGAUGGUGGUGCCUGGGAUGGGAGCGGAUCGAAAAGAAGCACUCAGAAAGCUUGGACUGCUCAAAGACUAAUACAGAUAAACAGCAGAAGUCUGUCUGCGUAAAUGCAGUACUCAGAAAGAGUUCAGUACCAUCAGCUUAAAGAGAGUUAGAGCAUUAAGCGGGAACUUGGCACGCGGCAAACUGAAGCAGAAGAGGAUGAAAGAGGGAAAAAAAGAGCAAUACCAGCAUUUUUAAUGUAGGUCAUGGUUACUUACUUAGUUGAG